AUGAAACUCCUGGCGCAUGAUAUUGCGGAAAGGUUGUCGAUUCGGUGGAUUCUACCCACGCCUUUACUUCAGAACCGGCUCGUCAUGAUGGGAGUUCGUCUUCCAAAAGCCAUGAAGCAUAUUCUCAACGUGGCGCGGGAUCUUGGUAUCUCAGUUAUUGUACUGGGUCUUGCAGAUACGUGGCUUCCUCUCGAGUACGACGCAAAUCUGAUGGAGGCAUGUCUCCCAGUAGAUCUGACCCCGAUGCCAGUCUCCAAAACUAGGAUUAAAGAAGCUAUCGAGAGUCAAACCCAUGAUUUGAUUGGAGUUACCACGUUUACAGACAACUGUCUCGUUGAUGAUUCCAGGAUUGCACAGAAACUCAGACUUUGGAGUCAUCUUCCCGAAGCUUCAGGGCGAGUUAUGAACAAAAAAAUGACGGACCCAUUCAGAAAGUCAGAUAAUAACGUCAUGAUCGUGCAUUACGCUCAAGACGUUCAAGACGUUCAACGAUAG